GAAUCGUGCAAACAUAUAUACUACGUAUACUAUAACUCGAUUGCGGCUGGUAAAUAAAUUAGUCUCAGCUGAGUUCGUUUUGUUUAAAAUCAGUUCUCUGUUCGGUGCUCUUGGAAAGACACCGAUUGUUACCCAGGCUCAAGGCAAUAAUCUUGAAAAAUGUCCGACGACUUCGAUGGCUGCGAGUGCGUCUGGUCGCAGGAAUAUGCGAUGCAGCGGCUCAUAAACUUUAUACGCCAGAACCAGAAUGCCUGCUCAGACACCGAGUGCUUCGAUGUCACCGGACGUUCGCAGCAGCAGGUGCAGGGAAUUGGUCGUAGCGGCGACGAUAGCGGCUUCUCCGUCACCAUGAUCUUCCUGAUCGUGGCCAUGUUCAUGUACAUACUGAAUCCAAGUACCUGGGGCAGCUUGACCAGCAACAAGCGUUCCGGUGGUCGGCGCGACAACGACCAGGAUGGCUCGCCGCCGCCCCCGCAGCCUCCUCCGCCGGCCAUCAACUAGAUGGAACCGGGCGCCCUUGCUUCUGCCAAACCUGAGCUUCUGCAACGCUAUUCGCAAUUCAGCAUUUCCUUGUUUUGUUUCUUCUCCAGCAAUUGGGAGAGAAAUGGUUCACUACGAUAACGGAUGGAACCAGAGCAAUCCGAUUGGUGAAAUUCUUUCGCACUUUUACACAGACUAGAGAAAUUAUACAUGCCCACAUUGUACAAAACACAAGACCGCACACACACACUCGAUAAACACGCAGGCUUAUUAACUAAUAUAUUUCGAAAUUUUAAAAAUACACAUUGGAAAACUA